CCUGUUUUUCGUUCCAUUCCUGCCGCGUUUUCAAUAUAGUUACAGUGUUGUAGGUGGUAGCGGAUUUGUACUACCACAAACUAAUAUAGAAAAAUGAAGGUGUUUUGCAUAUUGGUCGCCAUCGUAAUGGUGAGUGAAGUAGCUGCUAGAAGAGCUGCAACGAGACAAGCGUCCCCUGAUGAAUACCAACCCGAGUCGAAAGCUUACGGAAUGCCUUACAACUUUGGCUAUUCGGUUUAUCAUCCCCCCUCUUACAAUGACUACGGUCAUCAAGAGACAAGCGAUGGCAAACGAGUUGAUGGCGAGUAUCGUGUUGCACUUCCCGACGGCCGCACGCAAAUCGUGACUUACUAUGUCGAAGGUGACAGUGGUUUCCAAGCCAAGGUCCGUUAUGAACCUACCGUAAAUGGGCCACCACCCAGCACACCCUAUGAAGGUCCCGAACCGCAUCACGAAGCCAGGCGACCGGCUUAUGCACCUGUACAUGAACCGAGAAGACCGCACUAUCCUCCACCUUACGAGCCACAAAGACCUCUUUAUUCUCCACCGCAAGAAUCUCUUUACCGUCCAAAGGAACCUGAGUAUCCACCUGCACAUUUACACAAGAAGCCGUUUUACGUAGAGACGCCAACGGAAUCAAGUGAAGUUCCUGUUGAUGAAGAAGAACCUUCCACCGUUUCCCCACCGGUUAUCGAAGAACCGAAAUCCGAACCGGAACCAAUCAGUGAAGGCCGCCGGCCUCACGAUGGCUAUUCUGAAAACCCUUCUGCUAAACCUUAUACCAGACCAAACCCAUACCCACAGGGCUACGUUCCUUACGCUCAACGUGAACACCCUCAACCUCACGAUGGCUAUUCUCCCAAGUUGUACAAACAAUUUCAAGGAGACUACGGUAGGAGAAUCCAGCCUCAUGAUGGUUAUUCUCCUAAACCUUACAAUGAGCGUAAGGAAGAAUAUACACCUAAUUUACCUCACGAUGGCUACUCACCCAAGCUGUACAACGAGCCCAAAGAAGCAUAUCCUACUAAACCUUACAGACACGAAGGUUAUCCCGCUACCUCCUAUGAAGGCUCCACACCUAAACCUUAUCCACCCAGGAUUGCUGAAGAUUAUCCUCCUCGCCGUUUACCUCACAGCGGUUACACGAAGUCAAAUGAAGUUAGUGAAGAACAACAGCCAACGAGACCGUCCCAUCCGCGUUACCACGACGGUUACCUCGAAAGACAUCCUCAUCGAGAAUUGAAGCCAAGUGUUGAAGUUGGAGAAAGAAAACCUCAUACGGGUUAUCCCGACGACGGCGUGACUCACGCCGGUCGUCCUACCAGUGAGAAACGAAGGCGUAGCCAAUCACCGAGGAAAGUACGCCAACGUUACGUGCAAACAAAUUUGCGUAGAGUUCAAGAUGUUAGGGAGAGGCAACCAAGCCAGCGUCGGUUGGUCCGAAUGGCAGUACAACCUUAUCACGCUGCAAUGACUAGACAAUAAUGAGGCUCGUUUUUUCAGUUCCUAUUACACCAGACAGAGGUGCAGGACACCAACACUGGUCAUUUUUCGUUUUCUAAAUAUUUCAUUAAAGUUUUAACCUUUUUCAUAGCUUCAGUUUACUUUCGUUUUACAAUUCGUUACGAUGACAGUAUGUGAACAGUAACAGUGUUAAAGCAGACUUGUUUCUUAGCAUUGUUUUAUUUUGGUUGUUGAAUUUUCUACAUAAACAUGCACCUCUCAAUCAAUACAUUUUUCGAUUAAUUACAUAA